AUGCUCUUUAUCGGUCUAACAGGCUCCAUCGCAACGGGCAAGUCCACCGUUUCCUCCGUGCUCUCCAGUCCCCCCUACUCCAUUCCCCUCGUCGACGCCGAUCUCCUCGCGAGGAAAGUCGUCGAGCCGGGGACAAAGGGCUAUGCCGCUAUCGUGAAGCACUUUCUCCCCACCACCCCGGAACUCCUCGUCCCGGCUUCUGACGCCAUGCCCGAGGCCGGGCCCGACGGGAAGGGACGACCCCUCAACCGACCCGCCCUCGGCAGGCGCGUCUUCGGCGAUACGGAAGAGCUCAAGCGCGACCGCUCCGUCCUUAACGGCAUUGUCCACCCGGCCGUUCGUGCCGAAAUGUACAAGGCCAUCUUCCGCGCCUACAUCGCCGGUCACUGGGCCGUCCUACUUGACGUCCCCCUGCUGUUCGAGAGCGGGCUUGAUCGCCUCUGCGGCACCGUGUUCGUCGUCGCCGUCAAGGACCCAGAGGUGCAGAUGCAGCGUCUCAUGGCACGCGACCCUCACCUCAGCCGCGAGGAGGCCGAAAACCGCGUGCUGAGCCAAACGGAUGUGAGGCUCAAGGCGAGGAGGUGCGAGGCCCGAGGCCCUGGCAAGGGCGUCGUGCUCUGGAACGACGGCUCCAAGGAGGACCUGAAAAAGGACAUCCGCGAGGCCAUCCGCCAAGUUCAGGCAUCGAGUCCCGUUUGGUGGAGCUGGCUGCUCCUGGCAUGUCCUCCGGCAGCCGCCGCCCUAGGGGCGUGGCAGUUCUGGCAGAAUAUUCGCAUCAACAAGGCCUGGGCGGACCAGGAGAGGUUCGAGAAGGCCAAGCUGUAG